AUGCUGGUUUGCUACAGUGUUUUAGCUUGUGAGAGUCUCUGGGACCUUCCCUGCACCAUCAUGGGGUCACCUCUAGGUCAUUUUACCUGGGACAAAUACCUAAAAGAAACAUGUUCAGUCCCAGCGCCUGUCCAUUGCUUCAAGCAGUCCUACACACCUCCAAGCAACGAGUUCAAGAUCAGCAUGAAAUUGGAAGCGCAGGACCCCAGGAAUACCACAUCCACGUGUAUUGCGACAGUAGUUGGACUGACAGGUGCCCGGCUCCGCCUUCGCCUUGAUGGCAGUGACAACAAGAAUGACUUCUGGCGGCUGGUUGACUCAUCUGAAAUCCAGCCUAUUGGGAACUGUGAGAAGAAUGGGGGUAUGCUGCAGCCCCCUCUGGGAUUUCGGCUGAAUGCCUCUUCUUGGCCCAUGUUCCUUUUGAAGACACUAAAUGGAGCAGAGAUGGCUCCCAUCAGGAUUUUCCACAAGGAACCACCCUCGCCUUCCCACAACUUCUUCAAAAUGGGAAUGAAGCUAGAAGCUGUGGACAGGAAGAACCCUCAUUUCAUUUGCCCAGCCACUAUUGGGGAGGUGCGGGGCUCAGAGGUGCUUGUCACUUUUGAUGGGUGGCGAGGGGCCUUUGACUACUGGUGCCGCUUCGACUCCCGGGACAUCUUCCCUGUGGGCUGGUGUUCCCUGACUGGAGACAACCUACAGCCACCUGGCACUAAAGUUGUGAUUCCAAAGAAUCCCUAUCCUGCAUCUGAUGUGAACACUGAGAAGCCCAGCAUCCACAGCAGCACCAAAACUAUCUUGGACCAUCAACCAGGGCAGAGGGGGCGUAAACCAGGAAAGAAGCGGGGCCGGACACCCAAGCCCCUAAUUCCCCACCCCAUCUCUACCCCAUCCAAGUCAGCUGAACCUUUGAAAUUCCCAAAGAAGAGGGGUCCCAAACCUGGCAGUAAGAGGAAACCUCGGACUUUGCUGAACCCACCACCCACCUCACCAACAACCAGCACCCCUGAACCGGACACCAGCACUGUACCCCAAGAUGCUGCCACCAUCCCCAGCUCAGCCAUGCAGGCCCCCACAGUUUGUAUUUACUUGAACAAGAAUGGCAGCACAGGCCCCCACUUAGAUAAGAAGAAGGUCCAGCUGCUUCCUGACCAUUUUGGGCCAGCCCGCGCCUCCGUGGUGUUGCAGCAGGCUGUCCAGGCUUGCAUCGACUGUGCUUAUCAUCAGAAAACCGUCUUCAGCUUCCUCAAACAGGGCCAUGGUGGUGAAGUGAUCUCAGCCGUGUUUGACCGCGAACAGCACACCCUCAACCUCCCGGCAGUCAACAGCAUCACCUACGUCCUCCGCUUCCUGGAGAAGCUCUGCCACAACCUUCGCAGUGACAAUCUGUUUGGCAGCCAACCCUUUACACAGACUCACUUGCCUCUCACCACCACCGAGUACAGCCACAGCCACAGCCACGACAGGUACCUACCAGGUGAAAGCUUUGUCCUGGGGAAUAGUCUGACCCGGUCCUUGGAACCACACUCAGACUCCAUGGACUCCGCCUUGACUCCCACCAACCUUGUCAGCAGCUCCCAAAACCUUCGAACCCACGGGUACCGGCCUCUGCUUCCAUCUUGUGGCCUCCCACUGAGUCCUGCCUCGGCUGUGCGCAGGCUGUGCUCCAGGGGGUCGGACCGAUACCUGGAAAGCCGGGAUGCCUCGCGACUGAGUGGCCGGGACCCCUCCUCGUGGACAGUAGAGGACGUGAUGCAGUUUGUCCGGGAAGCUGAUCCCCAGCUUGGACCCCACGCUGACCUCUUUCGCAAACACGAGAUCGAUGGCAAGGCCCUGCUUCUGCUGCGCAGCGACAUGAUGAUGAAGUACAUGGGGCUGAAGCUGGGGCCCGCGCUCAAGCUCUCCUUCCACAUUGACCGGCUGAAGCAGGGCAAGUUCUGA